AUAACGAACGAGGUUCUGUCUAUUCCAUCCAACAAUAACAUGGCAGCUUGCCCAUCCGUGCGAUAGAUCGUACCAUUCUUUCUUCAUGUAUUAAUUGUUUUUAAAACAGAUAAAAUCUUUAUUCGGGUUUUUAUUUACCUCCAAUAUUUGAAUUGAAAACAAAUCCUGAUUAGCGAGAAUAGGCUCUUUCUUAGGACAGCUGCAUGCUCUGUCUGGCUGGCUCUGCCGCAAGAGAGUGAGUGAGGCACGUGCCGCGGCCCACGGCAGACUUCGCCGCCCGGCUCCGGACCAUCCCGAUCGAUCUCCAGCCUUGGGUCCUGCUCAGCUCCGAUGGAAAUAGCAGAAGAUCAUGUCUUUCAUGAGACUACUGUCAUUUAAGCGAUUACCACUGCAGCGAGUCACUCCUUUGGUUGCAGUGACCGACUGGGAUCAACUUCAGAGACAAAGUUACCUUGUAUCAGCCAGACCAUGUCUUUGUUUCUUCUCAAACACAACUCAUCCUAGCAAUGAUAAGCCAAAGACAAAAUGUCGUAGGCAGCGAGAAGAAGCAUUUCAAGUGAAGCUUGGCUAUGCAUUACUCAAGCAGGGUGGAGUAAAUCUACUGCGACAGGCCAAGAAGAAGGGGGCCAAUGAUUUCGAAGAGACAAAGAAAAAAGUUCAAGAGCAGGUUGAAAAGAGCAAGAUUAAAGUAAAGGAAUUGAGAGAGAACAUUUUCACGAUCCCAAACUUGCUGACGACAAUGCGGCUAGCUCUGUCUCCGUACAUUGGUUACCUUGUGAUCAAUGAGCAGUAUUUACUCGGUUCUUCACUCUUUCUUCUCGCUGGGCUAUCUGAUCUGCUAGAUGGAUGGAUAGCAAGGAAUUUUGAAAAUCAGCAAUCCGUACUUGGUUCAAUAAUUGAUCCUCUGGCUGAUAAAUGUCUCAUCAGUAUUCUCACCGUCAGCUUGACCUACAGUGAGCUUAUUCCAUUACCCCUGACGGCUCUAAUUAUUCUGAGGGAUAUAGGUCUCAUGUCUGCUGCCUUCUACCUACGCUAUCAAUCCUUACCACCGCCAAUCACGUUAAGAAGAUACUUUGAUCUCACACAUGCCACUGUACAGAUGAAGCCUACAUUUAUAAGUAAGGUUAAUACUGCAGUCCAGUUAUCUCUUGUUGGAUUCACUCUUGUUGCCCCUGUCUUUGCCCUCACAGAUCAUCCAUUUCUUCAUGGUUUAUGGUAUGUGACGGCCUCUACUACAGUAUUAUCUGGUCUGAGUUAUUGCUUCUCUCGAGAUGUCUUCAAAUACUUAAACAGGAAUAGAUGAUGAACCCUGUGCAGUACCUUUGAGUACAUCCCCUGAAUAGGAUUGUGAGAGGUAGGUUUCUUCUGCAAGAAAUUGAUCCAUGUUGUGCCGCACUCAACCCAGGUUAGAUAAAGGGGUACCCGGCAGGAUUAAUUCCUUGAAUGCACCAAGCACUUUCAGCAGCUGGAGCUAAAGCCGGGGUAAUAUAUAGUAUGCUAUUGAAUAGGCAACUAGAUAAUCAGCGCCUCAUAAAUGCUAUAUAUUACUUUCAUUUCCUGUACAAAGCAGCAGAUGUAAUCGAGAAUCAAGAAGAAAUUAGACAACGGGUGCAUUAAGGGAGGACUUGCCUUGGAGCACUCUCUUACUUAAUUUUUGAGCAGUGUCACAUCAGUGUAAAGUAAUUCCUUCCCAUUCAUCUGUAUGGUAAGUUGAAAAGAUUUGAUCAGCUUAAUGUUAUUCAUGAGGGUAGCUUAGCAUCACCUGCUGAUAUUGUUUUAAAUAAAAUGAAGUAUACCAACAGAAGCAAUCCAAAAAGUCAUUUGGAAAAAAAAUGGAGGGAUAAAUGAACAGUAUUGGCCUUACAAUUAUCAUUGAUUCAACAUUGGAGCAGAGUCACAAAAAUGAAAUACUUUAACAGAAAUGGAUGGACAGUUGUGCACUGCAUCAUACAUUUUCAUACUGGGCCCUGUGACACAAAUGCUUGCGAUGGACAACAAAUGUGAAAGAACACUUCCGUGUGGUUCCUGGUCAGUGUUUGAACAAAAUGUAUAUGUAAUAUUGAUCUUGAAUUCUUGAUUGAACCUUUUUAUCAUGGAGCCCGAGAGUAGUACAUCUCUGUUUUGAAGAAAUCAUAUAGCAACAAAGGUGUUUGAAAAUACAGCAGCAAGUAGAUGAAAGUUUAAAUGAGUAUUUACCUUUCGGUACUUGGAACAGAAUCAAUAUUGGUCUAUCCGGUAUAUUACAAUGUAUGUCUGCAGAUAUGGUAUUCAUUCAAGAUUGAAAAGAUUUUUGUGUAUCAUGUGGACAAUGCCUAUUUAUAUACAAACAAAGUGGUAAAUGUCCUGCUUACAGCCAGUGAAAUAAAAAUGAUCAAAAUCAAAUAAAUAAAAUAACUGUAAAAAAGUCUUUGUUUACGGAUUUUUUUAUAUUUGAUUUUGAAUAUGUAUUCAUAUCAUUUUUUAUGUCUAUAUACCCUCAUCAUUCAGUUGGUUUAUUUCCUUUAUGCAAAAGACAUGCCAUCUUGUUUAUCUAGUUGCAAGUAACAUCCUGCAAAUAUAAAAAUUCUAUGUAUUUCUGUUUGCUUAACCCAUUUAUGAAGUUUGUUAAAUAUUAACAUUUCCGGCAGGAAUCUUGAAAGAAAUUAUUUCUUCAAUGUUAAUGAAAACUGCAGAUGGUUUCUAUCAUGGUAUGGUAUUCCAUUUAAAAAGGUUGUCCUUGGUGAGGUUUGGUUGAUGUUGAUAAUACUCAAACCUCAGUGCAAAUCAAUUUUAAUGAAAAUUGAUAUACAGUGAAGCAGUGUUUGAACAUUCAAGACCAAGCCAAUUUGAUAAAUUCAAAUGUUUUGUAUUAUUUCAUUAAGCAGCAUUAUAUAUUUCAAACUGUAUAACUUGAGUGUGCAAAAUGUGAGUGUUGAUCUGAUGUGAGAACCAUGUGUCACACUCACCUUGCUCAUUUCAUUUUAAUUCAUUCAAUUCAGCUAAAGUUAAAAGUUCUAGUAUUUUAAUUUGGACUACUGUGAGGACACAGUAUGAACACAUCAAAAUGAGAAGUUUCAUUUUGUGGAAGUUCAUGACCAUUUCAAUAACCAAUUUAUCACUGGACCAACUCAUGACAUAUUGCAAUAAGCCAGUUCGUAGUUCCUUUCUGCGCAUGAUCAAAAGAUUCUAUGCAUGAUCAGAGGAAGGUCAUUUGUACUGAAGUGACAUGGUGGUUUAAAAUCUAAUGAGAUAAGCACCAACUUUGAUGUCUUGAUUAUUCAUAUAUUCUUUUGAAUUGUGGUUUUCAUUUACAUCCAUGAAAAACAACAAUGCGUCCACGAACGACUGGUAUUUCACAGUUUGCCAAGUACAUUGUGCAACAUGCUAUGAUUUGCAUUCAAAGUAGGAAUGCAACAAAUACCUUCAUAAAGUGUUCAUUUGUGUGCUAUUUUAGUCACCUGGUCUAUUCAAUUUCUUCAUCCUGCUAUGUAAUGCAAGCUUACGUAAUAUCUUGCUUUGAAAUCUGCCUAUCAUAAUGAAAGAAAUGAAAGGUCAUUUGACCAUAAUUGUCCAGAAGUAACUACGAACUGGUCUAUUUUGUCCUACUACAUGAUAUCUCUAUCAGACAUCUGCUUUGGCAGUUGACGAAAUGACAUUGCCCUAAUUUCAUUAGCAGUGAGAGUGGUAUUGGGGUAUAUUGUUUACACCAUUUAGAUAUAUGUAAUGAAUUUAACUGUAACUUCAUUCACUUUUUUUUUCUCUUGGCACCCCAGGAUGCUUAGAAUAAAGCUGCACAAUUAAUAAAGGUGUACUCUGUCUUGGUAUUAACAUUAAAGGAGAAUGAAAUUCAACUCUAAUUAGUUGAACACUAGUUUAGCAAUAUCAGUAGUAGGUCUAUGUAUUUGUUUAUUUGGCUUCUGAUGGAAAAGACCAUUUCAUGAGUUAUUACUUGCAUAAGUUGACCUUUCAGAAGUCAAAUACACUCCCAAUGCGAAGAAAUGUUAAGACCUGUUUACCCAUUGUAAGUUCAAUUUCUCCUAAACCAAACAGAUUUCUGUGGUUAAAAAAGAUACAACUUAGGCAAAGUUACCUGAAUCUCAAGUCUGAGUUCAUGUAGACAGUCAAGUUUUGUUCAUUACUUCCCCCCAAAAGGGAAACUAUAUAAUUCUAUUAUGAGAUAUAUUUGAUAGCUUGCAUAUUAUUGUGACUUUUGAUAGUUUUAUCAUGGAGUCAUAACUCUUUGAAUUUUUUUAUUUUAUAGUUCAUUCAAAAGCUGAAAGCAUUUAUAAAGUGAACUUUAAUUGAGGAAAUGGAAAGAAAUAUAGAAUACACUGUACUAAAUGAUUGAAGUAUCAUUCUAACUAUUAUGUGUUCAUUUCUUUGUCAAUUAUGCCAAUUUUGUAAAUAUAUAUAUAUUUUUAUGAUGAUAAUGAAAUAAAAAAAUUAUCAAUAAAUGCCACAAACCGGUGUAUAAUGAAACAUACAAAUUAUUUCUGGUGUAAUGUGUUAGUGCAUGAUAUUAGCAUGAUAUGAUUUAUAAUGUAUUAUUUGGAAAGGGGUGAAAGGUGUGAUUGUUUCUUAGGAUAUUCAUCACAAAUGCAUGUAUAGUGAUACUUAAUACUAACUUAUAUGUCUUUUUGGGGGGCCUCCCCUUUUCUGCUUUAAUGACUCUUUUACUGCCAUUAUUCUUGCCCUUUAUCCUUUAAUAUAUGGGUUUUAAUGUCUCAUUAGCCUAAAGUAAGAAACAGUUGUUUUGUUUUCCUUGAUGUUUCUGUGUGCAUUGUAAAGAUGUGAAAUGGAAGUUUCUUAAAUAUUUUGGAGCAUGAGAUUACCCAUAUAUUUUUUUGUACAGUGGUUCAAAACAAUUAAUUGUGCUGUAUGUGCUUUCUACUGCUUGAUUUUUUUAAAGAGGACUGUUGUCUGAAAAAUGAGUAGAUAUGUUCAAAGUCAAUAUUUAAAGUUUGUUGCAAACAUGUAAUCAUAUAGACAAAAACAUUAUUAAUGAAGUAAUGUCUAAGUAUGUGUAAAACACUUAAUAUGGAGAGAAGUUUGUGGACAGAAUUGGCACCCUAUUAGUCACAAAAUAGCAAAUUAUCUGUAGCCUUUAUGGUUUUCAGAUUUUAAAAAUUGCAUUUCAAUAAUCUAUUCUGAUUGAUAAGACAAUGACAAAUGAUUGCCAAUAUUAAAGAUGAGUGGGUUCAGAAUCGGGAAAAACAAAGACAGUAAUUUUUGCCCCAAAAUACCAGAUAUGGUUAAUUUUUAGAAGUGAAUUGCAUUCCAUU